AUGCUCUCUGAUGUAAACGCAAAAAGUGUUGUAGGUCUCUGUUUUGCCGUCUGCGCAGUUGUAACGCUCUCCCAGCUUUACGAAGUCGACGUCAACAAGCCAUCGCUAAAUAUUCUUCCGAAGCCGAAAAACGAUCGAGAAGGCGGUGUCGUUCAUUGGAUCGACAGCCCGGCAAUCUUGGAGGAAUUGGAUAAAUACAAACCGCCCUCCAGUGCCGAGGUUAAAAAAAUAAUGAAGAGAAGUCGAGAAUUCGAUGUUGAGUGGCCAGCUAAGUUCAAUAAGAACUUCAGAAGCCAAUGUUGGAACAAGAAGGGAAAGCUCCAUUGUUUACCCAAUGCCUAUCUCCUAGGGAUUGCCAAAUGUGCCACUUCGAGUAUCUGGAAAUCAUUAUUCGCCCACCCCCAGGUCCAAGGACACGCAAGGAUCAAACGAAGCGGCAACAUUUUAGAGCCACAAAAGGAAAGUCACUGGUGGUCGAACCGACGAUUCUAUGGUGAGAAAAUUAGCAAUACAUAUUCGGCAGAAUUUGGUAAAGCACUCUUUUUGUGGGUGGAGAGGAAAGACUGGAAAAAAACACUAUUGAUUGACGGCAGUCCCGACACUCUCUGGAAUCAAGGAUUGAUAUACAACUUUCGGAAGAUUUCUAAUGCCCACGUAAAAAAGGAAUUACCGGCACCCAACAUAGUGGCGGCAAGUUUCAUCAAGGAAUAUACCCCUGGAAGCAAAUUUAUUAUCAGCCUACGAAAUCCUGUUGAUAGAUUAUAUUCUCAUCAGUGUAUGUUGGAAAGACGUAGGCGGCAUCCAUUACCCGAAUCCCUCCUCAAGAGCGAUUUCCAUCGAAAAGUCGUCGUGGCUGUUGGCAUUCUUAAAGACUGCUUCAAGAGGAGAACGAUAAGAGAAUGUGCAUACGAUUCUGGAAUUAUAGCAAGGCUAGACGAUCAAGUGAGAGACGAAUCUGUUGGUAUUAUGACUAUCCAAGCGGGGCUUUACGUCGUUUUCAUAAGUGAUUGGCUGAAAGUCAUACCACGUGACAAGUUCUAUAUUACGACAAAAGAGGUAUACGUGACAAACCCGUCGAAGGUUAUUGGAGAAAUUUUUAACUUCCUCGAAUUAGACGAAGUCGCUAUAAGUAGUGAUGGACAGACGACAACAGUAAACGUGAACGCAUAUGGGCCUAUGUUGAGCCAGACAGCUGAACUCCUGGAUGAAUUUUACCGGCCAUUCAACGAGGCACUGGCAAAACUUUUAGAGGACCAGAAAUACCUCUGGUUAUAA